AUGUUCCCAUCCCUAUCUACUCUGACUGUGCUUGUUCCUCUUUUGUCUUUAUGUGGUCUGUUUUAUUCUGCAUCAGUAGAUGAGAAUUUUCCUCAAGGUUGUACCAGUACAUCAAGCUUGUGCUUUUAUAGCCUUCUCCUUCCUAUUACAAUUCCAGUUUAUGUGUUUUGUCAUCUCUGGACUUGGAUGGGUAUUAAACUUUUUAGGCAUAAUUAAAUGACUAUGAAAUAAAAUGCAUUUAAUUAACUUGAAACAAAAGUGAUUGUAAUGUUUAUUAAAUGUGUGCUUUGGAAAAAUAAAUAUUUAUGACCCA